CAACUAAAAAAGACUUGGCUAUAAUUUUUACAGUUUUAUUUAUGUUUGGUCGUAAAAAUUGAGGCAACCAUCUGCCAGAAGAAGAGCAAAAGCUUUAAAACUGCAUCUUCAUUUCAUUUCAUUUUGUGCCAGGAAUUUUCACAUAAUAACAUGACUUUCACUCACACCUCCAAAUUUCCCAACUUAAUACUAUGCUCUUUCAAACCCAACAAACUAAAUUUAUCCUCCCCCAAACCCCGCAUUAUCCCGCCGACAGACAGACUUAUUGACUUCGGCAAGUACAAGGGCAAAAUGCUAGGCGCCCUCCCAUCAACCUACCUGAAAUGGGUUUCCAAGAACCUCCGCGCCGGCGACUUCGAGCACUGGGCAGAGUUAGCAGACCGAGUCCUCCAAGACAAGGUCUACCAGGACAGACUGGAGUGGGAAUUUCUCGAUAAAGUGUUGAACGGGAGCAAUGGUGAUGAUGAUGAUGGUGCAGUUUCUCAACUAUUGGAGAUUAGUGAAAGAUUUGGUUGGGAUAAUGAAGAUAAAGUAGGGUGGAGUCGAGUGAACUUUGAGCUAUUGGGUACUAGCAGAGGCGGCAGAAUUCCAAGAAAGGUGUCGCCCAGUGGUUUUAAACAAGUAGAGGAGUUGGACUUGGAUAACGAAGAGAAAGUUAGGGUUCUGUCACAGCCUGAAAUGAGAAGGAAGGAGAGAAGAGAGCGAGCCAAAUUGAAGAAAGAGGCGGAUAGGAAGAGGGAGAAGUUGGGGAUUGUAUUGAAGACUAAGGAUAAAAUUGUAAACGGGAUGGAGAAUUUGAGUGAAAUAAUAGAUGAAGAAGAAGAUGCGGUGGAGAUCAUCAACAAUCCAUUCCCUGGACGCCAAGCUCUCUUCAAAAAAGUGCUCAAUUACUAACAUUAAUAGUCCAGUUUUGCCUGGGGACUAAACAAUGACAAGAAGAGAAUUUGUGUUUCUGUUAUUAUGGUUUGAGAUGUUGUUUUCUGGAAAAACAAGAAAUAAAUAUAAUUUGCUCUUUACUUCGGAAAA